UAAAAAGUCACUUGUUUCCACCAAAUAGAAGACCAGAUUUUUAUUUUUAACCUUAAACCUUUUUUUUAUGAAACAGUGAAAGCAAUGCAUGUAUUAGGCAUAUUGUGUUGCAACUUAUUCUGAUUUAUGCAAAACAAUCAUUUGUUUCCAUUAUAAUUAUAUAUUAAGUAACUAUAAAAAAAAACACAAUUUUCUGGAGUAUGUUAGUGGAAACAUAGUAUCUUUUUAUUUUUGGGUAAGAUUUAGGUAAGUAUCAGACAAGCCCAUUCUCAGAAUUUCAACAAGUAUUAAGGAAAGAGACACAAUUUGACUGCUGUAAUGCACACAAAUAUAUGCUUGUGUUAAUGAUUAAAAUUUUGUGUCAAAAAUGAAAAUAAAUUAAUGAUAUUCCAAGACUUCUUGAAAGGAUGAGAAUGGGUUACUGUCUCAACUGUGGUACCAGUUUUUCUCACUGGAUAAAUAAUGGCAUCAGUGAAUUAAGAAUUUACUAAUGAUGGCUAGUCACUUAAAAUAAGAAUUUGACAAUAUUAUUAUGUCAUAUUACAUGCUGUAUGUCCAGUGUAAACAUUGUUACCACAUUUGUUAAAUUAGAUGUAUUGAUAUGGUGGUUUGUCACAUUUACUCUAGACUUUUUAAAGUACCUGUGAGUCUUUCUGUUGUCUUGUAGGAUACUUAUAUUGCCAUAUUCACUACCUAGUGCUUUCUUUCUUGCUUAAAAUGUGUAUUUGUGAUUCCACAGAUUGUCCUGCUUUCGCCUACUGAUCUACUAUCCAAAAUGUUUGUUGUGAAAAUAAUAGUACUAAUAGUUAUGAUAUAUAAAAGAUAUUUGAUUGAACUGAAUGAAUAUGGGAUUCAAUUAAUUAAGAAUUGAGAUAAUUUCAAAUGUAAAGUUUUCUCUUUAAAAGUAAGAUAGAUUUGAUAUUCACUGAAGAACAUAACAGAUUUUCAAUUUUAUGCACAAUGCCAUUGAAAACAAAAGAAUGUGGCAAUGCUGAUCUAAAUUUGGACAUCAAAAUUGAUGUAUGAUUAUGCACACCUGACAGUUCAUUAUAUGAUAUUAUUAAAUAACAAGACCCAGAGCAAAUUUCUAAUACCAGAUACCCAUAGGAAUGGCUGAUAUGCAGAGAUAUGGCUAAUAUUUACUGUGUAAUAUAAAAUUAUAUUUUUUCACUUCACAUUAUAUAUAGAGAGAGAUAGAUAGAGAAAAAUUUAUAGAUUUAGUUUUAACAAUACUUAUGUGAUGAAUUCAUUUGAUAUGAAUUUGGACAAAUGUUAUCAAAAGUUAUUUUAUAGUACUGUGUAUGCAAUGUUCUUAUGAAUAUUGUUGUAAAUUAACUGCCAUCUUUAAAUUCAAAGCCGGGGCGUCUGUGGCCGAGUGGUUAUGGUCGUUGACUUCAAACCACUUGUGAGUUCGAAUCCCGACAGAGACUUUGGAUUCUUUCAUUUGAGGAAGCUAUCCAGCUAGCUUACGGAACUUCGGUGGUUCUACUAAUGGUGCCCGUUCGUGCCUGAAAUAAUGCACGGAAGGGCACCUGAGGUCUUCCUCCACCAGUAAAGCUGGAACGAUGCCAUUUGACCUAUACUGUGUCGGUGUGACAUAAAACCCAAUAAAAAAAAUAAAUAAAUAAAAAAAAAUUCAAAGCAGUGAGAAAUUUUUGACAUUUAUUUGCAAAGUGUUACAAAUAAUGGCAUUGUUAAGUUUUAGGUUCACCAUUUGUCCAACUUCAGCUUAUUCAUAAAAAGGAGUAAAAUGCAUGUAGUGGUUUGGGUUUUUUUUUCUAAUUAGUGUAAGUGUCUUUUGUGUUUAUUGUAAAAAUCUGCAAGAGGUGUUAAGUGAAGAUACAUGUAUACUGCAAGCAUUUAUUAAUUGAUUUUGCCUUUAUUUUUUACACAUUGUACUGCCUUAACAUAUACACCAUGCCUUUUUUUGUUCUUUAGUGACUUUCUCACACAUACAGACUUCCUAACAUGUAUAGUUUGUUAUAGUUUCUCAUACUCAUACUAAUUAAUUUAUGUUUGUUUACAUAUUAACAUAUCAAGAUAUUCCAUAAUAAAGUUAAAUAAAAAGGAAAUAUUUUGUUUCACUCAUUUACUUAAUUUGGUAAGACAGAAAUACAAAUUUAUUUUGUGGUGAUAACAUUGGUAUAUAUUACCUACUGUUUGCACCAAUGUACUCUGGUAUUGCAUGAUUAAUUUGCAAGCAUUUGCUUUGUUACUGUUUUAGCCCCAGGUGAAACUAGGCAGGUUGUUUCCCAGGUAGAUGUCUCUCAGGAUCCCCUUGGAUCAACUCGGGAAUCUUCCACAGAAUUCCCAAAACAAGUGCAGGGGCCUCCAGUUCAGGACCAGACAACUUUAAAUAAACAAUGUCUUUCAAUAGAUGAUGAUAUACCUUUGACCAAAAAGUGGAAGAAAAACACUUCCUGUCGUUGACCAAGGCUGGAUCUCAAAGACAUUUUUCCACUAUGCAACCAGAGGGCCACAGUUUGAUUUCAGCAGAGUGACCAAGCUGUGGUAUGAACCUCCUCAGCCUAGUUUGUCCAGAGGUGUACUGAACAAACAGGACUGUUUCUUUGGGCACCGGCUAUUUCUUUGGAUGCCGAGACAUUUAUUCCAGUACCAUUUUGUCUGCCCCCACUCUGGAUGUCAGGGAACCUUGGUGAACAAUGGAGUUCAUCAAAAAACUAGGAUGGUACUUGAUAUGAAAGACUACUAUAUUAUAGCAGGAGAAGAUUAUGAAUGCAGCAAGUGCAAGAGAAGGAUUAUCAGUUGGAGCCAUAGUAUUUUAGGGCAGUUAGACUCAACAGAGCGAAGUAAGUUUCCAUGUAUCCUGACAGACAGGUAUGCAUGUGAUCUCAAUGUUGUAAGAAUGAUGAGACAGAGGACACUUGGUAACAGCAGUAGUCUAGUGUGCAAGCAGAUUGCUGAAAAUCAUGGCGAGAACUACUUAGAUAAGUGCCGCCAGUAUGCAACCAAUUAUAUGGCCUUCCAGAAAUCUGCAGCCAAAGGCUUAGUGACCAUCCCAAACUUUGCAGAGCCACCACCAGUGAUGAACAUCCCCAGGCAUCGCUGGUUUAUGAAAGUAUAUCUUCUGGAUGUCAUCUCUAGACUGGACUAUCAAUUGGCUGAGUUGACAUCCAUUACAGGAGAUAUUCUUAAAAUUGACUCCACCAAGAAAGUAACAAAUAAGCUUGCAGGUUUCAGCAGAGGUACAGCGAUGUGGGCCACAAAUGUUGGUAAUGAACAUGGCCAGGUCCUCAUGUCAGUACUCACUGAAGGUGAGGGCGAAGGGUUAAAGAAAAUGCUCAAAGGCAUUACCCUUAGGUACAGGAAUGCUGGCACGCCUCCACCUAAAGUGAUGUAUACAGAUAGAGAUUGCUGUGGAAGGCAAUGUAUAAAGAAGUACUUUGAUGACUGGCCUUUUCUCAAUAUAAGACUUGACUCCUGGCACUUUAUGCGACGCUUUCCGAAUGGCUGCACAACCGACAAACACCAACUUUACGGUCCCUUCAUGGCAAGGCUAAGUCGUUGUAUCUUCAAGGUUGAUGAACAUGACUAUACACUUCUGAUGAAGGCCAAGAGACAAGAACUUGUUCAACAGGGUGUCCCAAGUCCAACAGACAAUGAUGUAGUCCAGCGCAUCACAUCUGAUGAAAUAGGCCGCCACUGCAAGCGUGCUACUAGGGGCACCAAGGAGACAACAAGUCUCAUAACUGACCUCAUCAUGUCAAUGGAUGGCGAAAAAGGAGUUGACACGAGCGGUGUACCCCUGAUAGAUACAAUAAAGAUGUCUGACAUCUGGGCCAAGCAGAGCCAACAUGUUGCCUGCCUCCAGGACCCUCCAGGUGUCAGACUUUACAUACAAGUAUCGACUAUUAAGAAAGGAGGUAUAGAGUUGCCAGUGUACAAAUGUGCCAGAGGGUCAACUUCUCUUGAGAAUUUCCAUCUACACAUGGCCAGGUUCAUUCCAGGAACGCUUGCAAAGGACACAAACUUUCAAGUCUACCUCUUGGAUGGCAUUUUUAGAUGGAAUACAGAUAGGGCUUCAGAGGCUAUCGCUAGUUCCAGUCAACAAACAACAGAUGUUCCCAGGACAUACAGCGGUUCCCUGAAGCACCAGACUAAUGUGCUCUGGCAGGAAGUUUGUGGGAAGCCAUUCUUCCCUAACUUUAAGCCUCCAGCAAAGUAUACAGGUGAACUAGUUGGACUGCAGUAUUUAUACGACCAAACUGGCAAACAAAUGCCAAGUUUAGCUCUCACAAGGGAACAAUUAGAGAAGGAUGAGGAUAAUAAUGGACAAGAGGAGGGAGACAGUGUUGAGGAUGAAGGGUUCAUAGAGAUGGAACAGGAAAUCCUGAAUCUUCCAGAAGAGCCUGUUUCAAUACCUCCCUCAGAAAGCACAAAGCCCAUCCUUCACAUUCCUAGUGAGGCUGAUUAUCACCAGUUAGCAAUGGAAACUGCUAUCCAAGGUAUGGAACCACUAAAAGAAAGUUCACUGCCAGUUUCCAGUUCCGAUAUGUCUCCAUCUUUGGAAGAUUCCAGCCCUGCAGAUCAGAGCAGUCAUGUCCUUGGGCCAGACAAUGUUCCAGGGUAUGAUAAGGUGCUUAACCUUGCUGAGUUCCUUGUUGAACUUAGAGAUGAGAAAGUUCUGAGUUUUGACAAGGUUAGACGCCUUACCUACCUUUGGGAACAGUUGUCUGACUUUGACAAGAAAAGGACAGUCUUUCCAAAGAGGUUCACAAAGAAACCAUGGUCAGGGAAGUUUGGUGGGCGAGGAAAACAUGUCACCCAAGGAGUAGAAAGCAUAACAAAAGUUCUCCUUGGACCUAACCAAGGCCCAGCACAGUGGCCGAACUGUAAUAGAUACACAGAGGCCACUUGUGAACUUCUGAUGAAGCUGUAUCCUGGGGACCGGAAGUGUGAGGGGACUGUGUGGACCAGAUGGCGUCUUGUCCUCAGGGCCUUUCAUAACAUCAGGCAGGUCAUUUUAAAAUCACAGCAGGCCAUGCAGAGAACAGAAAUACAGCUGCCUUUGCUGAACAAGAAGACACUACAACAAUGGUACAACAAGGCAGACAAAGAACAUGAACAGAAGGUCCUCUUGCAGGGAAUUAAUAUGCCAAAGCCAGCUUUGACCGGAAGUGACUUGCCAGAGGCCCGUCAGAAACCAGCAGCACUGCCUUCCAAUCAGGCUCCAACAUACAAAUUCAAGGAUAAUCCAUGCACUGCUGGACUGGCACACAAGAGGAUCAACCGAAAGAGGAAGUCAGAUACCAAACUUUCAGUAAAUCAAACACCAGAAGCAACCGUCAUAACAUAUCCUGUCAUAAUGGAGCAGCAACAAAUAAUUAUUCUUCCAGGACAACAAACUGCAAUAGUUCCUCCAUUAACAACAACAUCAACAACAACAUCACCUAUUCCAACAACUUCAAUUACUUCAAAGAAAACUAGACCAUACAAGACUCCAACUUUUGUCAAUUGCAGCAAAUGUGGACAAAAUAGAAAAAAUUCAACAACCCAUAAAACUUACAUGUUUAAAAUAUAUUGCCAAAAUUCAGAAAACAUCACUUUUGAAGAAUGGAGGAAAAUCAUAAAACAACAAAUGGAUGAAGAAAGAAGACAAAAGAAAAGAAAUUAAACUAUCAACAGCUCCAUUAUGGCAGGCAUACCUUACAUACCCAAUCUUCAAAAUUCGUCACUUAUUCGUUUAGACAAAUGAUCAUCAAAGAAAAAAAACAACCAAAUUUAAA